AUGAAACCAUUUGGCAUACGGUACUUCUCGUCUACGGUUCGGCAUUUGAACCGUCCGGAUCUCAUGCUGAUACUACCCGGCAAAAGAGCAAUGCAAAGACUACUCUUUGAUAAUGAUAGUCGAUUGAGAUAUAAUAAAACGAUUGAAAUUUUAAAAUCGAUUUAUACUAAUAUUGAUGCUCCAAAUCAAAUAAGUCUACCUUCAUAUACGAAAUCGAAGGAUUUAAUGCUAUGUAAAACGUUACUAUCAAGCAUAAGAAAAAUCACCAACUCAAUUAAUAAAAAUUUGGUUGAUAUUGAAAAUGAAUUAAUUGAACAGGCUGCAGAAUUGGGUGAUAAUGAUGCAAUCACUUUACUUGCAUUUAAAACUAUCAAAGACCCCGAGAGCUCUAAGGAAGAUUACAAAACCGCUAAUAGCCUCAUCAAAGACUUAACCGACUUAAAGCACCCUUUGGUUUUCAAAUUAGCGGGUGAUUUGGCAUUUGAAAAAAAUUACUUUGAUCAAGCUGCCCAAUACUGGUUAGAUUUCUUAAAUUUAGAGUCCGAUACCAUUUUGGCGAGUCACGUAUACUCCAAUUUGGGUAUUUAUUACUAUAGUUAUCAUAAACCUAAACCAAAUUUACACAUGGCUAAAAAUUAUUUAGAAAAAAGUAUUAAAUUUGGUGAAUUAGAUUCAAACAUUAUUAGGUCUCAUUUUUAUUUAGGUCAACUUUAUUCAAUAACAGAUCCUUUGUUAGCUCGUUAUCAUUUGGAAAUAUCUGCUUCAAAAGGACUAACUGAAAGUUUCCAAACUUUAGGAUUCUUAGAAUUAAAUAUUAGGAGUGGAAGCUAA